AUGUCGUUGCCAGCAGCGGCAUUCAUCGAUAUCGGGGCGAACCUUCUGGACGAUGUCUUCCAGGGGAGGUACCACGGCGGCUCACAGAAGCACGAGCCUGACCUCGACGCGGUGCUGGAGAGAGCGAGCGCUGCAGGGGUGGAAAAGAUGAUCGUGACCGCUGGUACCCUCGAGGAGAGUCGGGAAGCGCUGGCGCUCGCCAAGUCGUACCCCAACCUCUACAGCACCGUGGGUGUGCACCCCACGCGGUGCUCGGAGUUUUUCGGCGGCGACGGCGGAGGCGAUGGCCCCGAGGCACACGUGGCGGCUCUGGCAGCCAUACUGGAGGAAGGCAAGGCAGCCGGCAAGGCGAAGGGGUUCGAGCUGCAGUUCGAGCUGGCGGAGCGGAGCGGGCUGCCGGUCUUCUUCCACUCGAGGGCCUGCAGGGAGGACUUCGCCGGGCUCGUGAGGCGGAAUCGGGAUCGGGUAUCGGGCGGGGUGGUGCAUAGCUUCACGGGCACCAGGGAAGAGGCGGAGGAGCUCGUAUCAAUGGGCUUGUACAUCGGCAUCAACGGGUGCUCACUCAAAACGGAGGAAAACCUGGAGGUGGUGCGCUCGAUCCCAGGGGACAAGUUGAUGCUGGAAACCGACGCCCCCUGGUGCGAGAUCCGCCCGUCGCACGCGGGAUCCAAAACGAUCAAGACGACCAUCCCGUGCCGCAAGAAGGAAAAGUUCGAGGCCGGGUUUUGCGUCAAGGGUCGCCAGGAGCCUUGCCACAUUGUCCAGGUGUUGGAGGUCGUGGCAGCCGCUAGAGGUGAAGAGCCGGGCGAGCUUGCCGCGCAGGCUCUGGAAAACACAAAGCGUCUCUUCUUCCCGAGCGAAGUGUAA